UUGGAUAUUCAUACUUCAACAGCACCGUCACAAUGGCCGCUAUUCUUGUUCUGCUUUUGCUCACAAUUGGUCUGACCUACACGAGCGCGGAGGUCCGCUUGGUCCAACCAGCUUCCGAGUCCACAACACCUGGAGAAACUGUUCGCCUGACCUGUACAGUCCACGGAAUCAGCCUUUCAAAAAGAUAUGUUCAUUGGUACCACCAGAAACGGGACAGCGCCCCAAGGUUUAUUCUGUAUGGGACUGAUAACAGAGGUGAGGGUAUCCCGGACAGAUUUACCGGCUUAGAAGAAGAAUCAACCAACGUGGGAUAUUUGACCAUCGCUAACGUGCAGCCGGAGGACGCUGGCGAUUAUUACUGUUGCUCAUAUGACGUUAGCGACAUCGGGUACUUCGGGAGCGGAACCAGGCUAAAUAUUCCGAGUCGUCAGCCAAAGAAGCCCACAGUGUUGCUCCUCCCCCCAUCGGAACAGCAGAUUGCGACAGCCAACGAGGCGACGCUGGUGUGUAUGGUCAGUCAUUUCUACCCGGAGUCGGUGACGUUGGUGUGGAGUGUGGACGGCGAAGUCAGGCAGACCGGCAUCCAGACGAGCUCAACCCUACAGGACUCUGACCAGACGUACAGUGUAAGCAGUUACCUCACCCUGCCAGCUUCUGAGUGGACCUCACACGAGCUUUACUCCUGCGGAGUGCAACACCAGACCCUCAGCUCCACACUUGAGCAAAGCAUCACGAAAUCAAGCUGCAUGUGAUGAAGAUGUUAAAAUGCUUUAUUGUUAAAAACAUAUUUUCUGUAUUAUUGUUUAAAAAAAAACUUUCUGCUGUUCCUUGAUAUGAAUUU